GACGAGGAGCUGCAUGCAGCAGCCUGUGACUGUGUACACUGUACAGUGGCUGUGUCUGUACAUUGAUGUGAAGCAGAGGCUGCUGCCUGUUCCUCCUCCUCUUGUCUCUCCCCCGCCCUCCCUAUCCUUGUUCGUCCUCCCCAGUCAGGGUCAUUUCAGGACAAGCCCAGCGCCCUGCUGCAGGAUCAGCUGUGGAGCUUUCCUCCUGCCGCCUGUGCUGCUGCUGCUGCUACAGAGCAUCUGACUGUCAGGAAACAAAAGGCAUCUUGUAGUUUCUCCAGAUUCUGUGAAAGAGAAUGUCAAGGACAGCUUCAUCAUGUAACUGAGAAUGUUGGAGUGCACAUACUGUGGAUCAUUUACAAAUGAAUUGACAUUCAAACAUCAGCCUUCAAUACAGUUAUAGGAGGAGGUUCUAGUACCACAGUGAAUUAUCAGAGCUUCAGUGUUCCGAAUCUCAGGUUGAGCACGGCAGAUAAGGGCAGAAGACCACAGCAUCUUUCAAAUGAGGAGCCAUAAGAAAUACAGUACGGAAAAAGGAUCUGAUUUGAAGAAAGAGACCUCUAUAUGCAAAUCUAAAAGUUUUCUGAAUGUUAUUUGUGAUGUGUAGAAGAAUGCACAAAUCUACCUAUCCAUGAUGCCGAGCAGCAUGUCAGGGUACAUACCCAGCUACUUGGAUAAAGAUGAACUUUGUGUGGUAUGUGGAGACAAAGCUACAGGGUAUCAUUAUAGAUGCAUCACCUGUGAAGGAUGCAAGGGUUUUUUCAGAAGAACUAUUCAGAAGAACCUUCACCCCAGCUAUUCAUGUAAAUAUGAAGGAAAAUGUGUGAUAGACAAAGUAACAAGGAACCAGUGCCAAGAAUGCCGUUUCAAAAAGUGUAUCGCUGUUGGCAUGGCAACAGAUUUGGUUUUGGAUGACAGCAAGCGUUUGGCAAAAAGAAAACUCAUAGAAGAAAAUAGACAAAAGAGACGCAAGGACGAGUUGCAGAAAUCACUGGUACAGAGACCUGAACCAACGCCAGAGGAAUGGGAGCUAAUUCAGGUCGUCACUGAAGCUCAUGUGACCACCAAUGCACAGGGAAGUCACUGGAAACAGAAAAGAAAAUUUCUGCCAGAAGAUAUUGGGCAGGCUCCUAUAGUUAAUGCACCAGAGGGUGGAAAAGUGGAUUUAGAAGCCUUCAGUCAGUUUACAAAAAUAAUCACCCCUGCAAUUACAAGAGUGGUGGAUUUUGCCAAAAAGUUACCUAUGUUUUGUGAGCUGCCAUGUGAAGACCAGAUCAUCCUUCUUAAAGGCUGCUGCAUGGAGAUCAUGUCACUUCGAGCUGCAGUACGCUAUGACCCAGAAAGUGAGACCUUAACACUGAAUGGGGAGAUGGCAGUGACAAGGGGACAACUGAAAAAUGGAGGACUAGGAGUGGUAUCUGAUGCCAUCUUUGAUUUGGGCGUAUCUUUGUCUUCAUUUAAUCUUGAUGACACCGAAGUCGCCUUGUUGCAGGCUGUGCUGCUUAUGUCAUCAGAUCGCCCUGGUCUCUCCAGCGUUGAAAGAAUAGAAAAGUGCCAAGAAGGUUUCCUCUUGGCUUUUGAACACUACAUUAAUUACAGGAAACACAACGUUGCACACUUUUGGCCAAAACUGCUGAUGAAAGUCACCGACCUCCGCAUGAUUGGAGCCUGCCAUGCCAGCCGGUUCCUGCACAUGAAAGUGGAGUGCCCCACUGAACUGUUCCCCCCACUGUUCUUGGAAGUGUUUGAGGAUUAGAAGAGACUGUGCUUCUGGGUUCUCGGCACUACUUGGAUCGACCCUUCCAUUCCAUUGCCUCCGUCACUUUUUUUGUUCUCGUCCAUUUUGAAUAGACAUGGAUGAAAAUGUUCCUCUGAUGCGGGUACUCGUGACUAUCGUGUUUUUGUUAUUCUGUCCUUUUGAUGUGAAGUUUAUCCGUGGAAGUUUAACCUCUUUUGUGCUGAAGUGACUGUCUACACAUUACUCGUCAGAGUGUUUGGCAGUGCUUACAGCUCCAAAGUGGUUAUCGGAAAAAAAAAAGAAAAAAAAAAAAGAAAUGUAUAUUAACUUGCAUUCACCAGCACUACGGAUCCUACACAGAAAAAGUAUUCUCAGAUAUUGUGCCUGCGGCUAAAAUCCCUACUGACCAUCUCCCGUGGUGAUCACUCACUUGUGCAAUGUGGGGCAGUACAAUCACUCACUGCUGCAAAUACACUGUUUCCUCUUAGAACAAGGCAAAUAUUUGGUUUUAUCACUAGAUGAUAUUUUUUUAAUUUAUUUUUUAUUAAAACAAAUGAUAAAGCCCCUUAUUUGGCAAAAGCUGCUCCCAAGGUUGGGGAAAAUAUAGGGUAGCAUGUUUUUCAAUUGGUUUAUAUUAAGAGAUUUUAGUCUGGUAAAGCCCUAAACAAUUAUACCUUUAUACUUAGGAAAACGAUAAUGCUGAAAAGAAUGUAUUUUUUUACUCUAGCUCCCUUUCCACUAUCCUCUUACUUUUUUUGUACCGAAAGCAAUUAGCUACGCUGACCUGGAUGUUACAGUAUAACAUUACAUUGCUCACUCUUGUGUUAUAUAGCUGGUGAUAAUAGGACGACUGUACAGAACUAGUUCCUUGAUUCUGCACAUUCCCUUCUCAGGUAUUUGGAAGUGAAUCUCUUGGGAUCCUAUUAUUUGUACACAGUUUUCAUAAUCCCGCUACUUCUGCAUGACUAAUGAUAGGUCAUGUGCAACAAGUCACAUGAUGAUAACAAGGCGCUGUGAGAUCUGGUAACAUCACACUGUUGUACUCUACAAAAAGGCCACAGCUUGAAGGCAAUUGAACUCCUGAACUCAGAUAUGUCCAUAUUUCCUACUGUACUACCUCCUCCAUUAAUCACACUUUAGCAGUGCCUAGCAGAGACGCCAUGACACACACCACAAAUAAUUACUUCAUCAUGAUCCAAACUGCCUCAGUGCCACAUAUCCUUCAAUGAUACGUGUGUUCUAAACAAACUUCAGCAAGUGUAUCCACAUUAACAAUUCAGGGUUCAUGCCAGAUUAUAUUUUGCCAGACAUAUAUUUUUUUAUUGCAGAUAUGGCAUAUCUAAAAAUAAAUGUAUACAUACUAGCUCCCAAUUUACUGGCAGCAAAACCAAAACAAAUGACAUAGUAUAUAUUAAAUUUACAUUUUUAAAAACACUAAUGCAAAUUUUGCUCAAUAGUCUGAACUUUCAGGUAAAAGUAGAUUGUUUAUAUAAAUCUUAAAGAAAAACUUAUUUUAUAAUAACUUAACAUCCCCAUAUCUGGUAAUUGCCAGCUCUAGGGAAGCAGAGCCUUGUGCCUUUAUACACUACUCAUGUAUCCCAAUAUACAUACAAAAUUCUGAAAUGGUGUAACAAUGAUUUCUGCCAUCUGGACUAAGACAGCUUUCUAACGAACAGAAUUCACAACAUGAAAGAAACUUGACAUAUAUUCACUUCAGUGGAGUUUUAUAGUGGAACAGAAAAAAAACAGCGUUAGACAAUGCAGUUAUUUAUUUUUCACCUACUGUAUAUAACAUGACAAUAUUACAAAUAUGCAUUAUUGGGGCGGGGGGGGGGUUCUGUAUGUCAGCUUUGCAAAAGACCAGUGUUCUAAUUGUGUGAGAUAAAUUAACCAAGUUUUUACGUCAAAUAGGAGUUAUUGCAAAAUAGACAGAUAUAUUUGACACUGAUUGCUGGCAGAAUGAGACAAGCAUAUUUGUAGGGAGAGCUGGGUAUAUACAGAGCAAUGGCUUCCACAAGGGUAUACAGAGGUGUUGUGCGGAAAAUGUCUGAUAGCUGCCCUUGUUGGCAUAUUUACAACCAGUGGAUUUGUUGUUAUUCAUAUGUUUGCCUUUAAAAUCAAAUUAUAAUGAUAUAUAAUAACCCAGGAUAAUUUACCUUCAACCACUAUUUGAGAAAGUCAUUUUUAAAAGUAAUUUCUGUAAAAUUGCAUUAUUAUGCAUUUAUUUAUCUAAAAUAUUCACAAAUAUACAAUUUUAGAUUGUUUUCCAUAAUAUAUCAGAACCUUAGAUCAUACUUGCUGGCUUUCCGGCAGCCCCCUUUCGGGAGAGGGCAACCAGGUCGGAUCAGUGGGGGGUGUAUCAUGGUAAAGUAGACGUAAUGCUGUGAUUGUUUCAUCGUGACACUCCCCCCCCCCCUCCACCCACCACCACCACCACCACACAAUGCUGCAAUUACUGACAUUGUGAAGUGGGUGUGGGACCAUGAAUACGUGAUUCAGAGCAAUCACAUCAUUUGUCGCUCGGACCUCCUCCUUUUGCUUGUAAGUGGGUGUCUGCGGGCAGGGCAGUCGAGAGCCAGGAUGGGCCCAGGUACUUUUCAAGGGGCGUGGCCUAAUCACAGGAGGUGUGGUCAUGUACCCUUAGAAAAAAUAGUAUUUUAAGCACCUCCAUGGCCACACUGCAGCCCAGUACACAGCGGCAUGUGAUGGGCUGAGGAAAAGAGCUGCAUCUGCUACUGCUAGGUAAGGGGGAGGUGGCCUGGGCCCUUACUGGACCCUCACUGGGCCCUUCCAUCAGACCUGGGCCCAGGUACUUUAUACCCUCUCCCCCCCCCUCCCUUGACACCACUGUCUGCGGGCAGGUGGCGGCCAUCUCUGGAAGACUUGCCCACUCUUUUGGGCAUUUGGAAACGAUCAGCAAGAUCUGCUAUACUAUUGUUUGACCUUAUACAUUAAUGUUUAUUAAGGUCACUAUUUAAAAUGCCACAAAUCACAUUAAGUCGUAUUCAGUGAAUGUGUCAUGUUGGGAGUAUAUAUGUUAUUUGACCAUAUAGAGCGACUCAGUACCAAAAUAAUGUGGGAAAUUACAUUCUGAUGUUAUUUGUUCCUUACAAUGUCCUUGAAUUGGCAACAAUGUCUUAUAAAUAGGAAUUACGUGUUCUCCGCAAUCAAAACUUUAUCUUAAAAUGUUAAUUCCUGAAAAGCUUCUGAAAUAUAUUUGUGAAUGUUACAGAUUUCUGUUCAGAUGAAUGGACCUGUGAUCACCUUGGCCCAUACUUGUGUGUAAAAGCCAUUGCCUUGAAUAUACCCCAUUGUGGGUUCUCUACCAGUAUUUCUAGGUGUCCUAACAGCCAUCAAACUAUUUGUAUGUAGGUGCAUAUAAAAUAUAGAGGAUUAAUGUUUACCUAACAUCUACAGAUAUAUAUAUGUAAAUAGUUAAACACAUUUCUCCCUUUCUCUAGAGAGUAGUCCAAUCUUGGAAAAACACCAUUCAUACAGCAAAUAGCUGAACUCAGGACCUUGGGCCGUUAUCUCAAUGCAUAAAAGAGUGCGUUACAGUCCACCCAUAGUGAUAUGAUUAAAAACACUUUUAUAAAACUCUAUUAUGAGCUCUGGAUGGACUUAGUUUCCCAUUGUGGCGUCAGGUAGCAGAUUGGUUCUCGGUAGACAAGAGAUGAUUUCCAGCACUUUUUUCAGAAGGGUCAGAGCUCUUUGAAUUUUUUUUUGUUCUGUCUACAUUGGAUAACACCAUAUUAGAGGUUGUUUUUUCUGGUGUCGUAACACACCACAGGGUGUAAAAGGUACAUACAGCUGAUUAUCAUGGUGUUUCUGGAAAGCAAAUCUUUGCUAUAGUGUUGGAAACCAGUGGCGUGAGUCAGAGGCGGACACAAUGUCAACAUCGGACACAGUAGGGCAAUUUUUUUUGCCACUGUGCAUGCGCCAAAGCUGCAUGGCGCAUGCUCAGGAAUUGAAUAGCGAUAGCGCACGCACAGAGGAUUUAUUCUCAAAGUAUUAUCAUUUCAGGGAGGAAACAGGGAUGGCUAGAAAACCCCAGCCAUGUUGGGAACAUUUUAUGGGUGUUCCCUAGUCAGCCACUACAAAUUUGUUUGCAGCUGGAAAAGCCCUGGUGUCUUAGGAGAGCCGCUCAGUCUGAGACAGCAUAGGUACAACUUAUGUGUGUCCAAUGUUCCUGAUCUUCCCGCUUAUGUAUGUGAGCGGGGAAUGUGAGAUGCUGGCAGUGGACUUCUCCAUGUACAAGGUGGUGGCUGAGCCAUUAGCAUAUAUUCCCAAGAACACUGCAAGAGAAAUCCCAACUUCGCAUGCAACCACGUGCCCCUCUGUCCUCUGUGUCAGGCCCUAGGUCAGGUGUUUGUGGUUCCAAUAAGCUGCAAUUAAUUUUAAAAUGACUAUUGUUAAAUGUAAAGAGAGUAAUUGCUAACACGAGUUACUUUGCAUGAAAUGGCUACCAGUAGCAGUCACAAUAUAUAUUUCUGCAUAUGUUUGUGUGUAUAUAUAUAUAUAUAUAUAUAUAUAUAUAUAUAUAUAUAUUUCGCUCAUGGUAUACAAAAUGUAACAACGUAUUUGUGAAUGUUACAAGGUGCCUUUUUAUGUCAGAUGGACUUUUAGAUUUUCUGGAACGAAGCUAUUGAAUGUAUAUUUUUCAAAACUAGUUAUAAAAUGUGAAUGUUGUCCCGGAAAUGGAGAAAUACCCCCAAAAAAUAUUCAAACCAAACCUUCUAAUGUACUAUAUUUGCACAGUCAAAAUCCAGGUAAUAGAGUAAGUGUUUAUCAGUAAGUGCUAUCAUUCUAAAUGUAUUUACUUUGAUAUCUUGGGGGUCAUAUGAAUUACAGCUGAAGGUUCAUGGCUGAAUCCACUUGGAUGUUAGCUGGGUGUGGGUGCUAUGGGAUUCUCCAACCAGCACAACCAAGAUAUACAUCUGUGUGGAGGACAGCAAGACAAAUAGCCCAGCUCGCUUAUAGCUAUAUGUAACAGAAUCGUCAUAACUAACAGAUCAACUUAAAACAAGUUCCAAGCACUUAACCUGAAACAUAGCACUUACGCUUAAUAUUUGUUCGGGUUACCAUUGAAGAACUGUUGCACAAGAUGUUUUAUUGGAUAAAUACUAGAGAUGAGCGGGUUCUGAUUUAGCACCAGAAUUAAUGCCAGUUCGGUUUUAUCCGGAUUCUUCUUAUUGGCUAUCCAAAACACAUGACAUCCAUGAGCCAAUAAGAUGCCGUUUUGAGUAAAUCCGAGUAAAACCGAACCCGCUCAUCUCUAAUAAAUAUAGGGUUUUUAUAGACAUAUAUUUUAUGGCAGAGGGAUUUUGGAUAGAGUCAAAUACAAAUAUUAUACAUGUAUUAUUAUAUGCAAGUAGAAAAACAAAUACCACACUUCUGUUCACAUUUUAUUUGGUGCAGUUUCAAUGUGUUGGUGUGUUGUGGCUCUAACCAGGAUAGGAUUUACAUUAUAUACCAGCAGAGAUCAAUCUUCAAAACCCCCCCAUCCAAAUCUCUGGUAUGCAAACCACAAUCCUAAAUUGUUCUAUUAUGAUAUACUAAAUAUUGGGUAGAGUAACAUGUCAUGUCACCCUACAGUUAUUGCCACACUAUGCAACUGGUCUUUUCAUAACUUUCACAAAAACAUUAUUUCACUAAAGCAGUGAAUUUGUAAUGUUUAUAUUAUUCCGUUUCAAUGACGGCUACUUGAUUUUUAUACAACUUUACAUUUACUAUUCAUUUCAUGUUAAAGUCAUUCAUGUAAAUAAAUUACAAUGCAAAGCUGAAAAUAAACAGUUUUGAAAUAUAAA